AUGGCUGCAACGCCGAAACGUCGUCUCGUCCGUGUGGCCGAUGAACUCGCAGCUCCACCAGACGUUCUUGGAACACUCACUCUGGGAGAAAUAGUUUUUGACGUCCCAGUGGCCCAAACUCCCUCUCGUCUCCCUCAUCUGAAAGAGCAGGAUACUUUGGACAUCAAGGACCCCGUGAAUUUAGACAAUCUCCAUUUCAUGCUCCAGAAAUAUCUCCUUGGACAAGACGUAUUUCUCGUAUCUCAGCCUGGCCCGUAUGCGCGUCGUUUGGUGUUAACAUUCGCGAGCUUGAUCAACUCAGAAUACGAAUACAUUGCGUUGCAUCGGGAUGUAGGAGAAACAGAGCUCAAACAAGGUCGAGAGAUCCGCGAAGGCGGGAAUCUAGUCUAUGUCGACAGCCCCGCUGUCCAAGCGGUGAAGAACGGUCGUCUCUUGAUAUUGGAAGGGAUUGAAAAGGCGGAACGUGGUAUCAUGCCAGUGUUAAACAAUCUACUUGAGAAUCGCGAAAUGAAUCUGGACGAUGGGACACAUAUAAUACAUCCUCAUCGUUACUCCCAACUGGACACUUCAACGGACGACGAUGGAAAGCUAUUUAUUCCAGCGCAUAAAAACUUUCGCAUCAUCGCCAUCGCUGCCCCGGUUCCCCCCUUUCCAGGACAUCCAUUGGACCCUCCCUUUCGCAGUAGAUUCCAAGCUCGCUUUGUCGAUCCCGUGGGUUCGAUGUUGACACUCUGCCCACGAAACGAGGGGGAACCGGACUUUGUUGAGACGCGACUCAGGGAGCUUAUAGUGUCAACGCAAUAUGCUUCCGAAUCUCGCGAUGCUCUGUCCCUUGCCUCACGCAGCGUCCUGUUACCGUUUCCGCAAACGUCACUUCAGAAAUUACGUGGACUUGUUAAGGCUUUCCCACCACCACAUCCAAUUUCGUCUUCACAGCUGACAACGCUUCUCGUUACCAUUCACCCUUCUCUAGUCCUCGCACCCUUACAAGCGUGGGCCAUACUCAGUCGGCAGGCUCAAGAAGCUGGUCUCCCUCCUCUGGUUAGUCCCAACGUUUCGGACGGGACUGGUCUAUUGGGAUAUAAUUUAGCUACAAUCACUCGCAUCUCCCCUCAUGCUGCUCUGGCAACUUUCUCUCAUGCCACUCUCGAUAACCAGACACUCCUCGUCGCUACGGGUCCUGCUGAGCUUCUUCCAUUCCCGCCCCCCACAAAGUUGCCGUUCAUUACGUCCAGCCGAUUCACGGGGCUCCUUACAAGCCUUGUUCAGGCCCACGCCCUUGGCUGGAAUAUCUCUCUCAUCCCUCCGGUUAUGCCUGCCACCGCCAGCUCCAGUACAAGCACGGUUGCUCGCGUGUUUGGGGAAAUAUUGGGCUACGCACGUGAUGCUGAAGUCCUCCAUAUGUACAAGGAGCUCAGCGGACGUGAAUUAUACAUGCGACGACGCAUUCUAGAUGGCGGUGCAACGACCUGGGAACCUAGCUCUAUAAUAACGUCAACAUGGGCUGGGAAUCUCGUCCACCUCUCGGGUCUUGAUGCUAUUGGGCCCACCGCGGGAUCUUUGGCUCGCUUAGCUCAAGAUAAGGAGGCCGAUCUAUGGGCCGGAAAACGAAUUUUGGCUGAAGCAUCGCCAGAAGAGCUCAUGGUACCGGACCUUUCGAUCGCUCACCCGUCUUUUCGCAUGAUUGCUACAGCAUCUAAAUCUUUGCCUCUGAAGGACUGGCUGUCGAUCGAACAUGCCAAUAUGUUUUUCACCAUAUAUUUACAGCCUAUGGAGCAUUCUGAGGAACGAGAUAUACUUCUGGCUACUGGUUGCGAGGCGCAGGUGGUUGUCCGGCUCUUGAGUUUUGCCGAGCGAUAUCGAGCCAGCAUCUCUGAAGAUACAAUUCAGAAGAGACGUAAACUGGGGACACGCUCACUAGUGCGCGUUGCUCGGACCUUGGCUUUGGAAGGAUCUGCGGUCGACGGUGAAGGCGUCGGAGAUCUUCGAACGAGCCUCAAUCAAACGCUGCUUUCCGAGUUCCUGCCUUUCAUGGAGCGCAUGAACAUCGAUUCUAUAUUUGACGGGUUGGGAAUUGAACGACUUGCCCCAGCCUUUCAUCCUAGUCCAGUUGUUUCGGACGAUAAACUCAUUUUCCCCGCUUCAAGCACUAGUGGUGGUGCAAGCUCACCGAUCGCUAUCCCGCUGUUUAAUGUCGCUGAUGAUCCACAUGGCGUCAAAUCCCGCGUUCCCUAUAUGGACCAUUUCUACGACAAUUCCCUCCAAACUGAACUAAUGCGAGACAUUGCUGUGGACCUGGAAUUACUAGGUGAACACGUUAUCCUCCUGGGGAACCAAGGUGUAGGAAAGAACAAAAUUGUCGAUCGACUGUGCCAGUUACUUGGUAGGCCGCGAGAAUACGUCCAGCUCCAUCGUGACACCACCGUCAAUCAACUCAUGUUCUCUACCACACUUGAGAAAGGUGUUAUCCAGUAUGAUAACUCCCCGCUUCUCCGGGCUAUUUUGCAUGGCCGCCUCAUCAUUAUCGACGAGGCUGAUAAAGCCCCAGAACAUGUCGUGGCUAUCUUCCGCAGUCUUGCCGGCCAUGGCGAGCUUACUCUUUCGAAUGGCUGCCGAGUUAGAAGAGUCAGAGUUGAUGCAAGUGAUAUUGUUGUUCAUCCAAAUUUCCGGCUGGUCCUAUUAGCCAAUCGACCAGGCUAUCCGUUUCUAGGAAACCACUUCUUGGAGGUCUUGGGGGAAACCUUCAGCACCCAUGCCAUUUCGAAUCCAGAUCAAGCAUCGGAACGCCAUUUGCUGGCGCAGCUCGCGCCAGGGAUAGAACACGAUCUCAUCGUCCGUCUGGUAGGUGCAUUCCAAGACCUUCGACAAGGCUACGAGAGCGGAACCCUGAACUACCCGUAUUCCCUUCGAGAAUUAAUAAAUCUUGUGAAGCAUAUACAAGCUUUUCCUAGAGACUCUUUGGGUGAUGCCCUUCGGAAUAUCUUCGAUUUUGAUGUCUACAAGCCGGAAGCUAUUGAUGAACUGGGCAAAAUUUUGGAGCGACAUGGUUUGAGUGUAGCGCAUAUAGGACUAGACGCUGCUCGUGAAGCAAUCAACAAGAAGAUCCAAGAUGUCGGCUUUGAACCCAAACAGAGAGAACUCACGGAGCCAAAGGAGGGCGAACAUGAUGAUAAAGAACAUUCUGGUGGAAAUAGAUGGGCGGGAGGAACUGGGGGGAGGGAUACCGCCGGGCUGGGCGGCCGAGGGGGAUACAAGCGGCUAUACAAGGGGGGUAAUAUUAAACAAGUAUCGGACGAGCUCAAGGGGCAAAUUCCCUCCCAUAUUCGCGACAAGGCUCGUGCGAUGGCCGCCCAAGAAUUAAAGCGCAGAUUAGAGGAGCUCGAUAUGAGCGAAGGAGAUGCGGCAGGGUAUGGACAGCUUCUUGCGGCAACUUCAGCACAUAUGGUGUCGUUGUUUGACCUUCUUGAACAUCUCGCGGCCAAAGAGGAGGAACGCGUAUGGAUCAAACGUCAAAUCGACGGUGAAUUGGACGACAGUCGUCUUACAGAAGGACUUACUGGAGAAACCACCGUCUACAAGAGGAGAAGCAUGGAGAAACCUGAACUUGGUCGCCCUCAAAUGAAACCGAAACGAAUUCGAUUCCUCUUCGACCUGAGCGCUUCCAUGUAUCGCUUUCAGUAUGAUGGUCGCUUGCAACGGAGUAUAGAAACGGCGGUCAUGCUUAUGGAAACAUUCGAUAGACUGUCCCACAAGAACAAAUAUGUUUGGGAUAUGUUUGCCCAUUCGGGCGAUGGGCCGGACAUCCAACUUGUCGAUCCCCUCAAGCCACCGAAAGAGAUGAAAGACCGAUGGAAGAUCGUUGAGAAGAUGUCCAUGAUUCCUCAGUAUGCGUUUGCGGGAGACUAUACUGUUGAAGCAAUAGAGAAAAGCGUCAAAGAAGUUGGCUCCUUCGAUGCAGACGACUGGUUUGUUAUCGCAAUCACAGAUGCGAACUUCGGCCGUUACAUGAUCAAGCCUGAGGAUAUCGCACGCGCCAUGAAUCGUAAUCCGAAAGUGCACACGGCUCUUAUCUGCAUCGGUGAAGGGGCAGAAGCAACCUGGAUCCCCUCCGCGAUUCCUGGACGUGGAUUCCGCUUGAAGAACACGGCCGAUAUACCAAUCGUCUUGCGAAGCAUUCUUUCGACGAUGGUGGACAGGUAA